AACCCUGGCACCCAGGGAGCCGGCAGGAACGAUUCCGGCUUGUGUUUUGGUUUGUCUUCCCUGGCGGAGCGAGAUUUCCCGCCAGCUGCUGCAGGCCGCCUGGUGUCCUACGUUUUCUUUCUCUUCCCCACCCCUCGCAAGCCGAUUGCGGCUGAAAAAUGGAAGAGACGACCCGGAAAGAAAAGGUGCUGGCAUGGACGAAGAAGCACCUGCAGCUCAGCCUGAGCAUCGUCGGCAUUAUUCUGGGCCUGAUCGUCGGCUACUCGGUGGCGGCUGCAGAGCCCAAUGAGGACAUCACCACUCUUAUCUCGGUGCCGGGUGAAAUACUCCUGCGCAUGUACAAGAUGCUCACGCUGCCGCUCGUCUUCUCCUCCGUCAUCGCAGCUUUGACGCGAGUGAAGCCAGGCACUGUAGGGAGGAUGAUGACCCGGAUGACUGCCUACUACGUCGCCAGCACGAUGUUAGCUGCUUUUGUUGGCAUCAUAGUGGUCGCCAUCUUUGCACCCGGCAAGCAAAUCCUGCAGACCGACGUCAGCAAGAUUGGAGUGUCCGGUCUCGACACGUUCCUCGACUUUGUCAGAAACAUGUUUCCGGAGAACAUCGUCCAAGCCUGCUUCCAGCUGCACCGUACAGUUCGCGUUGCUCAGCCGCCCCGCUAUGUCCGCUUGGGUAUUAAUGCAAGCGAACUCGAACCGGACAUCGUCAGAAAGCUGCAGUACUCGGACGGCCUCAACAUCUUUGGAAUCAUCGUGUUCUGUUCCGUGUUCGGCUUAUUCGCCGGGCUCAUGGGCGACAUGACCGUUAUCAUGGUGGACUUCUUUUCCGUCCUGAACGUGCUCACCAUGAAGCUUGCGUACCUAGUCAUGUGGUACUUCCCCAUCGGCGUGGUCUUUCUGCUGAGCGCGUCCAUCGCCCGCGGAGACGCCCUGGGGGAGCAGGCGAUCAACGUGGGCGCCUACAUAGGCACCGUCAUGACGGGCCUCGCCAUCCACUCCUUCAUCGUGCUGCCCCUCAUCUACUACACCUUCGUGCGCAAGAACCCGCUCGUGUUCGCCAAGAACCUGCUUCACGCAUUCGUCACCGCCUUCGGCACGUCGGACAGUGUGGCGACGCUUCCCGUGACGUUCAUGUGCCUCGAGCAGAACAACAAGCUGGACAGGAGGGUUACGCGGUUCGUGGCGCCAAUCGCUUCGGCUUUCAACCUCGACGGCACCGCCCUCUACGCCGCCAUCGGGACCAUCUUCAUCGCGAACCUCAGCGGCAUCGAGUUGGACUUCGCGCACUACUUGGCCAUAUGCGUCGCCGCUGCCCUGACAAGCUUCGCAAACCGAGGGAUACCCAACGCAGGCGUGAUCACGAUGAUCCUUGUGCUGAAGGCCGGUGGCAUCGGCCCGUCUCACAUCGGGCUUUUGUUGGCCGUCGACUGGAUAAUGAACCGCUGCCGCACCUGCGUGAACGUCUUCAGUCAGUCCAUAGCAGUUGCUAUAGUCCACCACUCUGUUGAGAUGGAGUUGAAGAGGAACCAGAACGCUCUGGAGCACUGGCCAGUUGAUGAACUUACCCUGGAGCGUAAGAAGUACGCUCUCAACCGCUAAGCACGCCACACCUUCGCUGUCGAAAAAGGAAGUAUUUGUGCUUUGUACAUCAGUGACCUGAAUUAUGGCCAGCUAUAAGUUCGACUCGUAAACACCAGGCCCAAACUGCAUAAUUAUCACUAACCGCUGCGCUGAAGGCACAUCGGUCAAUUGACAAGUUCCGCUGAUGUUCAAGGUACAAACACUUCAGGAAAAGAAAUCCUCAGCAUGCUCAUUCAGAACAAAAGGCCGCGCUAUAUAUCACUGUGUAGAAACAACUACACUAAUAAACGCGAAUGAUUCGAACCAAACAAGCACACACACCAACCGAAUUACGCUACGCAUCACUAAACCUCACGUAUACGCACGUCCACUAACUGACCGCUGUCGGUUUCAAUUCAGCCGAGUUGCCGACCAUUGAUGCGCCACUUAUUGUAGAUGCCGAAACCGAGUCGUUGAUACUGCAUAACAUGUAACCGCCAGUUUUUUACUAGAAGUACGAUAGUGACCAAAGAAAAGCUAUCUCUUCUCAAUGUGUAUAGUGCGGAAACGAGAAAGCUUCAUGGAUAUCAUCACCACCAUCACACCGCAGCACAUUCAGCAACACUUCAAGACUCAUUGUACUUGAGCUCAUCAGUUAAACAACAUUUUUGCUUUCAAAAAGAUGUCCCUAUGCAUAAUCAUGCCGAAAAUACCGCUGUCCAGAACAUCGCCAGCGCCUGAGGUCCUGCCAUAUUCUGUGCCAAUUCGUCCUGGCAGGCGUUUUCGUAUUUUGUCUUGGCCAUCGCGAUCUUCUACUGUAAUGAUAAUAUAUGCCAAAUAAAAUCAUUUAUUGUGGUUUAAAAUCAUUUUUUUUUCCAAA